AUGGCGCGCGCGGCGGGGCCCGAGCGGCGGCUCCUGGCCAUCUACACCGGAGGCACCAUCGGCAUGCGGAGCGAGCGCGGCGUGCUCGUCCCUGGCAAGGGCCUGGCCGCCGUUCUGAGGACACUGCCCAUGUUCCACGAUGAGGGGCAUGCCCAGGCCUGUGGCCUCCCCGAGGACACCUUAGUGCUGCCCCCCGCCUGCCCCGAGCAGAGGGUCAUGUACACGGUGCUGGAGUGCCAGCCUCUCUUCGACUCCAGUGACAUGACCAUCACUGAGUGGGUUCAGAUUGCCCAGACCAUUGAGAGACACUACGGGCAGUACCAUGGCUUUGUGGUCAUCCAUGGCACCGACACCAUGGCCUUCGCCGCCUCCGUGCUCUCCUUCAUGCUGGAAAACCUGCAGAAAACCGUCAUCCUCACUGGUGCCCAGGUGCCCAUCCACGCCCUGUGGAACGAUGGCCGUGAGAACCUGCUGGGUGCCCUGCUGCUGGCUGGCCAGUACGUGAUCCCCGAGGUCUGCCUGUUCUUCCAGAACCAGCUGUUUCGGGGCAACCGAGUGACCAAGGUGGACACGCGCAGGUUUGCGGCCUUCUGCUCCCCCAAUCUGCCCCCUCUGGCCACCGUGGGCGCUGAUGUCACAAUCAACCGGGAGCUGGUGCGGAAGGUCCGUGGGCAGGGCCGGCUGGUGGUGCACGGCGGCAUGGAGCGCGACGUGGGCCUGCUGCGUCUCUACCCCGGGAUCCCCGCCACGCUGGUCCGGGUCUUCCUGCAGCCCCCCCUAAAGGGCGUGGUCCUGGAAACCUUCGGAUCGGGAAACGGGCCCACCAAGCCCGACCUGCUCCAGGAGCUGCGGGAGGCAGCUGAGCGAGGCCUAGUCAUCGUCAACUGCACCCACUGCCUUCAGGGCGCCGUCACCUCGGACUAUGGUGCUGGCACGGCCCUGGCGGGAGCCGGCACCAUUUCAGGCUCCGACAUGACAUCGGAGGCGGCCCUGGCCAAGCUGUCGUAUGUGCUUGGCCUGCCGGGCCUGAGCCUGGAUGGCAGGAAGGAGCUGCUGGCCAGGGACCUGCGCGGGGAGAUGACGCUGCCCGCCACGGAUGAGCUCCGGCCCUCUCUGCAGGGCAGCACGCUGGGCCGCGGGGUCGCCCAGCUUCUUAGUCUGAGCCAGGAGGCUGAGGACGUGCAAGAUGCCCUGGUACCCAGCCUGGCCUGCGCCGCGGCCCACGCCGGCGACCUGGAGGCCCUGCAGGUGCUUGCGGAGCUGGGCAGUGACCUGAGCCUGGAGGACUUUGGUGGUCAAACUCCGCUGCACUCGGCCGCCCGAGGGGGCCAGGCUGGGGUGGUCACCAUGCUGCUGCAGAGAGGGCUGGACGUGAACGCACGGGACAAGGAUGGCCUCAGCCCGCUGCUGCUGGCCGUGAGGGGCAGGCAUCAGGGUGUCAUUGGGCUGCUGCGGGGGGCUGGGGCCUGCCUGUCCCCCCAGGAACUGGAGGACUCGGGGACAGAGCUCUGCAGGCUGGCAUCCAGGGCAGACUGUGAAGGCCUGCGGGCAUGGUGGCAGGCAGGGGCCGACCUGAGGCAGCCGGGCUAUGAUGGGCGCAGCGCCCUGCAUGUCGCAGAGGCAGCUGGGAACCUGGAAGUGGUGGCCCUUCUGCAGAGCCUUCAGGGUGGGGUUGGUGACCAGGCCCUGGGCCCAGUAAGUCCCCCACCCCCCUGUGGGGUUGGACCUGGUGGGGACUGUGUCCUGGGGACAGAGCUGGUCUAAGUCAGUGGGGCCUGCAGGGCCCCUCC